CUGCUACCUCUGAUGCGUCUGGUUUUCGCAAGCUCAUUCUAAGAUUGUGGAGGUGGAAGCCUGGGCCCGCCCAAUAUGGAGUCAGAUGCCUAUUUGCAGGAGAGCAGGGCUCCGCUUUUGCAGGGUGUGAUGCUCACAAUGGCUAUAGUGCCGUUGAUCUUUGUCUUGAUGCGAUUGUACGUUCGUGUUAUCUUGAAGCGGGUUUUUGGUUGGGAUGAUUUUAUCAUCAUCGUUGCAACGGCUUGCUUGAUCGCUUAUACUGCUGUUUGUCAUGCUGCUUCCACGAUAGGUCUUGGGAGACAUCUUGCUUUUGUCGCGGAAACCCCGAGCCAUGUCAUCGAUGUAGCGCUGCUAUGUGAUAUCGGUGAAGCCUUGGCUAUCAUGGCAUGUACGUUGGGCAAAACUUCGUUUGCGGUCACUCUCCUCCGCAUCGUCGUUCAUAGGUGGAUGAUAUACGUUCUCUGGUUUGUGAUCGUGACGAUGAACGUCGUCAAUGUCCUCGCAGCCUUAUUCAUCUUUGUACAAUGCAAGGAUCCUAGACACCUCUGGAACCCUGCUAUUCCGUCAGAAUGUUGGCCUUCGGAUGUUUUUACGAACUUUUCUCUAUUCGUUGGUGCAUAUUCUGGUGCGCAAGAUUUCGUGCUGGCCCUACUGCCUUGGACCCUUGUCUGGAAUCUACAAAUGAAGAAGAAAGAGAAGAUUGGUAUUGCCUUUGCCAUGAGCCUGGGCGUAUUCGCCGGCGCGGCCUCGAUCGUCAAGACAACAUUUUUGGUGGCAUUAUCGAAGAAGUCAGACUUUACGUGGGAACUUGUUCCACUGCUUUACUGGGCGGCUGUCGAGGAUGGACUGGCUAUCACUGCGGCCGCAAUCGCUACCUUGAGGCCAUUGCUAGCCAAAGUCUUCCCCGGAUCAUCAAUAAACAACAACUACAACAUGAUUACUUAUCCUUCAGCCCCGAAGCAGAAGGUAUUUGAUAAUUCGCAAGGCGGAACGAGCACUGACAUCGGACAUACGAGCAUUCAUGAGAGGGGAAGUCAGACUGCAAUUCUGGAGCCGGUGUCUCCAAAACGGGACGAAAGUAUCAGUUUGACUACGGAAGUUUCGGUCACUUACAAUCGACCGUCUUGAAAAUGAGGUUAUAUUGGCACAUAUAAAUGGCCCUGGCUAUGAGCAAUGGAAUGGUUGUAGCUACCUUGGAUCGGAAAAGUAUAGAACGGAAACG